CCUUCCACCCUCUCUCUCUGCAUCUCUGUUUUCCUUUCCUUCUCCGCCCCAAUUUGGGUUCCUUCCUAAAUGAGUCUUGGACUUCCGGACGCCGACACCCCAGGGGUUCCCAAUCCCGACGACUUCAGAAGUAUGCACCACCACCACAAUCUCCACCCCCACCAUUAUUACUUUCUCCACGCCGCCGAUUCCAAACCCGCCUUCCCUUCCUCCAAUACCACUCCCUAUGACGCAGCCCCCCAGGAGCAGCGCAUGCUGGAGUACACGCGGUCACUAUCUCAGGGGACGGCGAGGCGAUUGGUGCCCGCGGCCACGUAUUUGGCGGUGCUGGUGUGCCUGGCGGCGUCGCUGUUGAUCCUUCCGUUGAUUCUACCGCCGUUGCCGCCGCCGCCGUUGAUGCUGCUGUUGCUUCUUCCCAUUGGUAUCAUGGGAAUGCUGAUGGUGUUGGCGUUUAUGCCUUCGAAUCACGCCAAGGAUAUUACUUCCUCUCAUACUACAUAUAUGUAAUCUAAAUCUCUCCUCCUCCUCCUCCUUUCUGGAAAUUCUGUAUCUCUCUGUUUUGUUCAGCUACAGAAUUAAGAGACACUCAAAAGGGUUCUUUCAUUACUUGGAAAUCAUAUAUUUUAGACAAUAAAACUGAGUCCCAAAU